GAGAAUAUUCAACACAAGCAAGAUAAAGACUUAAACAUGUCUUUUGGUCCAACAGCAUGGUAGUUAUUGGUGACCUUACCAAAUGUGUACUGGUGAACAGAGGGAUUAGGGAACUAUUUGAUACGAGUGGGGAGUUAAUAUCAGAUGAGGAAGUGGAGACAGAGUAUGCAGACAACUCUUUCUGAGAUUUGGGUAUGAAGAAGAGAGGUAAGAAGGAAUGAUAUAUUAACAUUGAAGGAGGACUUUGCAAGAUACAAGACAGCAUGUUGGGGGCUUAUGGCAAGGAAUCAGUCAAAAGCAACAGGCUAAAGAGAUAGUAAAGAGAGACUACCUGUUUUUUUUUCCCCAUCAGAAUCUCUCCUCUUGCUUUUCACCCUAAAUCAAAUUUCAAAUGUCCAUACCUCUGUUGAGAACCGCCAAAUCUUAGAUAUUAUUGACAUGAAGACAUAUCUCUCCAUCUGCCCAGUGUGUGAAGCCUGAUAGACUUUUCAUUUUGUUGAAGAGACCGGCUGGGUGAGUUGAGGACAGCGCACUUCCCAGUCGCCACCCCUCGCCAGAAACUUCUCGGGAAUGGAGCAGUCACCGAGUGGCAGCAGAGACCGCAGCGGUAGCGGCCGACCGCACCUGGCCCCCGGGCUGUUGGCUGCGGCCCCGUCCCCGGCGUUGCCGGUCCCUUCGGGGAUGUCCAUCGCCCCGGCUUUCCUGCGGCCGCCCAGCCUCUUUCUGAGAGCGGCAGCCGCCGCCGCCGCCGCCGCCGCGACCUCCGGCGGGGGAGGCUGCCCGCCGGCGCCCGGGCUGGACAGGGGCGUGGGCGCGGUGGGCUGCGGCUACCCGCGGACGCCCAAGUGUGCCCGCUGUCGCAACCACGGCGUGGUGUCGGCGCUCAAGGGCCACAAGCGCUUCUGCCGCUGGCGGGACUGCGCGUGUGCCAAGUGCACGCUGAUCGCCGAGCGCCAGCGCGUCAUGGCCGCCCAGGUGGCGCUGCGCAGGCAGCAGGCGCAGGAGGAGAGCGAAGCCCGGGGGCUGCAGAGGCUCCUGUGUCCCGGACUCCCUGGGCCCGGGGGUCCAGCCUCCGGAGGCUGCGGCAGAACUGAAAAUCCGCCGGCCACCGGCGACACUGCGGCGGUGGCUGCGCUGGGACGGUGUGCCUUGCGUCAAGCUUGUGGUCUGGCGACCCCCGCCUUCGAGGUGUUCCCGCAAGAGUGUCCCGGGGCAAAGCCAGGACAAAAAGAGAGGAAAUGUGAGUCAUGCCAGAGUGGACAGGAAGAACUGAUCUCCAAAUCCCAUCAGCCUUCCCUGGGAUCCUCUCCUAGGUCUAAUGGUGUCAUUGGGAAACAAAGCAUCAAGCCAUCUAUUUCAGAAUAUUCAAAUAAGCAGGAUAGCAUCCAAUCUCCUUACCCUGGGCAGCAAUCAGGAGGUGAAGAGAGUCCCAGGUCCUUAUCAUCCUCUGAUCUGGAAUCAGGAAAUGAAAGUGAGUGUGCCAAAGACUUUACUGCUGCCAGAACCAGCCUUCCCACAGUGUCCUCAAGACCAAGAGAUCCUCUAGAUAUCCUUACUAAGAUUUUUCCAAGUUACAGGCUCAGCCGGCUAGAAGAGAUUCUACAGGUCUGCAAAGGGGAUGUGGUUCAAGCCAUUGAACAGAUUUUAAAUGGGAAAGAACACAAACCAGACACCAGGAACCUAGCAAGCUCAGGAGAACUGGAAAAUACAGCCUUUCAGAGAGCUUCAAAUUUUAGUUUAGCUGGAAUUAGUUUUGGAACUCUAGGUAAUAAAUCAGCUUUCUCUCCUCUUCAGACCACUUCUGCUUCUUAUGGAGGUGAUUCAGGUCUCUACAGCUUAAAUCCUAGACUAGGUAUCAGUCCAUUACGGCUGGCAUAUUCUUCUCCAAGAAGAGGGCUAUCUGGUUUUAUGUCACCCUACCUAAUGCCUGGGUUGGUACCUGCCUUGCCUUUUCGGCCAGCUUUGGAUUAUGCCUUCUCAGGGAUGAUUAGGGAUUCUUCCUGCCUUCCCAGUAAAGAUGCAAUAACUGGUGGUAGAUUGUAUUCCAGACUGAAUCAGGAUAAUCUGUAAUGUAUCUGCCCAUUUUCCCUUUCUGGAGUAUUUCUAUAAGCAUGCAACACACACACACACACACACACACACAGAUAUCUAUUAAUGUACUUCAAUAUGUAUAUAAGUGGAUUGCCAGGACUUAAAAAUGCUAUUUUUUAGAAGCAAUAUAAUAGAUUUUAGAUCUGAAGAUCCUUCUCUAGCAAUUAAGUGAAAGAAGCAUUUGAACAUUGUAUAA